AAGGAAGAGAUCAAAGAAGGCAAGAAAACAUGCCAACCGUCAGUGAGCUGUCUCCUCUCUCUCAGGUAGUGACGAUCAACCAACGACGCACUUACUGAUCGACGGCGACGAUGCAACGCACUCAACUUGCGUCGCGACGAAAACGGUGAGAAAGGUGAAUGUGUUUGCAAUCCGAAAGACAAAGUCGUCAACCUUUUGGGUUCUUUCUAGACGGCUGGGCUGGCACUCUCUCGAAUACAAAAAGAGACAAACAAAAACAAAUUUAAAGUUGAAAGAAAUUAAAGUGGGAAAUGGACAAUAUAAAAGCAUUGGGAAGUGCCGUUGUCGAUUUGACAGCUCGAGAAAAAGUAGAAAAAUGUAAAUAAACAUUUCAGCAGGCGUAAAAACAAGUUUUGCAGGAAAAGUGAACAAGAAAAAUCAUACAUCAUUUGAUAAGAUUUCUCAUCGAAUCAAAGGUGGUCAUUCAUUCACAGUUUACAAAAGAAAUACGAGUGUCGUUUUGGUGUUCAAAUACUCCCCCGCACUGUGAUUUUUUUCUUAUAAUUACCGUUGCUAUUUGUUCGAUCAAACGAUGGACGUGAGGGAUGUGCUUUACCAAACUAUUCGUGUGGAAGUAGACAUCGUCAAUUUGUUCGAAUAUGCGGAAGAAAAUCGGAGAAAUUGGGUAGAAGGCAACCAAAUUUUCAAGAACAAUCAUGUCGUCAUAGAAGGAGUUACGAAGUUAGAAGGUGAUCAGAUUCAUGUCUUCUGUAGUUGCCUCCGUGGAUCCAACCCUUCAGAGCCUCCAAGGCAGGAUAACAUAGUAACCUCAACUCUGUUUAAGAAUUGGUCAAUUCACUGCUCCUGUCCUGCUGGAAACCAUCGUUGUAAACAUAAAUUUGCAUGUUUGCUAUUCAUUCAUACAACCAAAGUCCUGGAAGUAUUAACAGCCACUGAUGUUAAACAACGAUGGGGCAAAGUGGCGAAAGUGCAAGCAGAAAACCUCUACACUUCAAUACCUCUUUCCGGAUUGUGUAUCCAGCGAUCUAAAGCUGCAGGGAGCGAAAUAUCCGAUGAACUAAGCAAAGAAUUAUUUAAAAUGUUCAUAGCAGAACUGCCUGAAAGUGCACUUGCCAAAUCAUUCAAAGGACGAAAUGUAAUAGUGAGAAGUAAAGAUCAAAGCCAGGAGCAGCAUCAGGGAGUCUUGCCGUUUGAAGGAUGGAUCUGCCUACGUGGAAUCCAAAACAUUCGAGAGAUGUACCAGUUGAAGAAAGCUAUUCGGAAGAGCAGGAGCACGUGCAGUUAUACCUGGCGAACCUUUUUGGAAUACCAAAUAUUACCACAAGAUGGAAAUACUAUGCUGAACCUCUGAGUGACUCGAAGCAGUACGUUUAAUACGAAUCGAGAGUUUGCAUAUCUUCGCAAGAAAGCAUUUCUAUUUGCUUGGCAACUUAUGGUCAAUCUAAUGACAUUUGGCGACGAGAACGACGCAUGAGGAUCACGGCGAGUGUAUGCUACGAUUUAUACACUUAUUACAUGAACGAUGAUGGAACUACAGAUUGGUCCAAGAAGCUGUCCCCGAUUUUGCGUGAAAAUUUCUUUAUUAUGGUUUGAAGAAUGAGUUUUCAA